AUGAACGCUAUUUUCCCUCUUCCCGGGAAGCUCCGGAAUUUGAAGAAGCUGAAGGUGUUUGGCGUCGACCACUGUUGGGACGGUCAUCUCUUUGAAGAGGAUGAUCCUGAAGUUCGGCUUGACACAUUGGAAAUCCGAACACCAAUCAAUGAACUGAGCGCUCUUUCAGAGUUCCGCAAGUCUAUGGCAUAUUCAAUUCGCACUUGCACGCUCGAUGGCAUGGUAGACUCCUUGUAUGCGUGUACCGGGUUCUUCAAUAACACCAUCAAUAUUAAACACUCGGGAUUAGGGGAUAGAUUUUUGCUCACAUGCCAUCACCAAUACGUCGCCCUCACCCCUGUGACACUGCUAGCACUCACCAGCGUCGAACUUGGCUCCUCUUCACACAGGUUUUUCUUUGAAUGUUUAUCUUGCCCUUCGCUUCGCCACCUCUCUCUUCAAACAGAUCGCCAUCCUCAUGACCUGACACCGCGCCCACCGCAUUGUACUUUUCUGAGCGCCAUCCCUGCCCUCACAAUGAUCUUCAUAUGCAUGAAUGUUGUCAUGUUAGAGUGCCAGACAACCUGCGAGGCGCUCAACAAAUUACUUGAUUUUAUUGGAGGUGUCCUCAUUCUACCUGGCAGAGGGCGGCAGGGAGCUUUCGAACGGCUAUCGUACUUCCGGAUCAGUUAUGAUGGCCGGCCGCUUGACGACGCUCAGACUAUGGUGGCAGCAAACUGGAUCGAACGCAUCUUGACUCACAAACCCCACUUACGUGUAGAUUAUUACGACACAAACAUCAAUGAGCCUUUUAGUGAGAUGCCUUUUGCGGGACUCGAGACAUCCUUCCGAGGCUUUGGUGUAGAAAGUGUGGAGAAAUUAUACGACGAGUCAUUAGCUGCGGAAAAAGCUGGGGUUGGGGAGCAGCGUUAGACUGAUGCACUGUCUCUGAUCACAGGAUUUCACGUCGUAUAACUUGUCUCCAGCGGGAAGCGAGAAGCUCGCUGUCACCACGAUACCUUCAGCGGUAUUGAAGCAUUUUGGGCACACCCGUGUCACGAU